GAUUAUGACACUCAAGACAUAAUACUCAAUAUCAUAUUUUUAAGACCUAGUCAAAAUGGCUGCCAAACUGUAGGAGGCAUACUGAAAGCUCAGGGUCUGAAAGAAAGGGCACUCAAACAUUCUUGAAGCAUGGUGUUGUUAAAAAUAAAGUUCCCCUUCCAAAAGAGGGUGCGUCUGGCCCAGGGUCUCUGGCUGCUUUCAUGGGUGGCCAUGUUCUCUGGAGCCAUUACCUUUGCUAUGGGAGUCUUCCUCAAAACUGAGCUACAUCGCAGAUCAGAGGUGAUGCACAGUAUGGACAUCCACAUUGUGCCAAACCUGCUUAUGGCAGUGGGGUUAGCAUCAGUGGGCAUCAACAUCUGUGCUGGUAAAGUUUGCCAGGACUCACUGGACCCUUCACGUUUUCCACGCUGGAAGACGUUUCUUCCUCCCUUUUUCUGCUUCUCUGUCUUCCUCACCUCCCUGCUGCUGGUGGCCAUGAUUCUCAGCUUCGCCCUGCAACCCAGCCUGGAGGAGUCUCUGAAGAUCGGGCUGAAGAACGGCAUCCGUUUCUACAAGGAUACAGACACACCAGGCCGUUGCUUCCAGAAGGAGACUAUUGAUCGUUUACAGAUUGAGUUCCAGUGCUGUGGUAAUACCAACUACAGGGACUGGUUUGAAGUACAGUGGAUCAGCAACCGCUACCUGGACUUCACAUCCAAAGAAGUGAAAGAUCGCGUGAAGAGUAACGUAGACGGCCGAUAUCUACUGGAUGGGGUCCCAUUCAGCUGCUGUAACCCUGCCUCCCCCCGGCCCUGCAUCCAGUACAGUCUCCUGGACAACUCUGCUCAUUACAACUACGAGUACCAGACUGAAGAGCUGAACCUGUACAACCGAGGUUGCCGCCAGGCCCUUGUCAAAUACUACAUGGGUUUAAUGAACACCAUCGGCCCUUGUGUACUGUUUGAUUUCCUUCUCCAGAUGACCAUUCUGGUGAGCCUGCGCUACCUGCAAACUGCAAUGGAGGGUGUGAUUGGACAGGAGAAUGUGGAGAUCGAGACAGAGGGAUACAUCCUGGAGAAGGGAGUGAAGGAGACACUGCUGGAGACUAAAGAAAAGAUGAAGAAGCUCCUCCAGUUCGCUCAGGUGGGCGACGCAUCCGCUACAACUCCGGAAACACAGCCAGAGGCAGAAAAGCCAGCCACGGCCUAAAAGACCAAGUGUAAUUGUUUAUAAUGAGUACUCACGUGCACACGAGUGCUAACUGCCCUUGAAUAUCAUCAUCCAAAGGGAAUACAUAAUCAUAAUUGCAAUGUAACGUUGUUAUUUCAUUAUAUUGUUAAAUGAAGUCAAAAAUUUGAGGUAAAAAAGAGGAACUUCUCAAAACGCUGGAAAACGUUAAUGCAAAAACCAAAAUACCCCUUUAAAAAUUGUAAAGUGAAGAUCCACCUUUUUCUUCAGCGCGGAAGUAAGGUUAUGGGUGAGACUUCCGGUUCGAGAAGACUAACAACGUGCAGUAAACAGUAAAACUGUUUGCACUACAAACCAGUGUGUUCAUAAUUAAAACAACCCAUUAAAAUAACAUGGUAAAACACACAGAUUAGCAAUAUCAAGCAGCAAAAGGAGUUGUUUACGCAGCUAAAAAAUAGCUGGACGCCAAUGAGACCUGAAGCAUGACCCAUAAAAUUUACAAAUGGCUGCGCCCGUACUUACGGGAAAAAAGGUGGAUAAAGAAGAGUUAUAAAGAAGAUAUAAAGCUAUAAAGAGUACAUUUCAUCACAUGCGGUCUGUAGAUGUUUUGCUGCUUCAUGCUUUGCUUAAAUAGACAAAAAUUAACAGUUGAUAUUGCGAAAGUUGCAUGCGAGAAAUAAAGAG